AUGGUUAUUGAUGCUGCUGGUCCUGAAGUUUUUGAGGAAGAGACCCUGAAUGAAGAAGCUCAAAAGUUUUUUGAUAUGAUGAGUGCGGGGUCGAUAUAUUUGAUUGAUGACACCUGCCGUUUAUUACAAGAACUGCAACAAGAGAAUAACAAAAUGCCAAAACAUUUUGCUAAUAUUAAGAAGCUGGUGAAAGGUCUCGGGUUGCCGGUUGAGGUUAUUGAUUGCUGUUUGCACAACUUCAUUGUGACGCCGUAUAAUCUGCCUCCUGGCAUGUGCAUGAAGGACGAGUUUAUGUUUUUGAUAAUACUUGUCCCCGGACCCGGAAAUCCAAAAAACCAUAUGGAUAUUUUCCUACAACCGUUAAUAGCGGAGUUGAAUCAGUUGUGGGAAUCUGGAAUCCGGACGUAUGACAUUCAAAAGAGGCAGAAUUUUCAAAUGAGGGCGGCGCUUAUAUGGACAAUUAAUGAUUUUCCCGCUUAUUCAAUGUUGUCUGGGUGGAGCACAUCAGGAAGAUUGGCAUGUCCGCAUUGUAUGGAAAAUACCGAGGCAUUCACAAAGGUUUUACCUAUGGGUCACCAUUUCCGUCGGAACGUUUCUGAAUUCCGAAAAGGCAAACAAGUAAAGCACAAAUUUGGAGGUGUGAGGACUGGAGAAGAAGUGUUAGCAGAGGUAGAUGGUCUGGGGUUUAAGAGGGCUUAUGAGAAUAAUGCUAAGGCUACGAAUGCUGAAUUAUCUAAAGGCCGUGGUUGGAAUCGAAAGAGUAUCUUUUGGGAUUUACCGUAUUGGAAGACAAAUACGAAAGACACGGCAAAAUCUCGGGCAGAGUUGAAUGGGAUUUGUGAUCGUCCCGGCCUAGCACAAGAUCAGGAAACCGAUAGAUAUCCAAAGGCUUUGUAUGCUUUGGAUCGGGAUUCAAAAAAGAUUUUGCUCGAAUGGAUUCAAAAGUUAAAGUUUCCGGAUGGUUACGUGUCCAACUUGUCAAGGUGUAUUGAUUUAAACAGUUUGAAGAUGAUGGGCAUGAAAAGUCUUGACUGUCACGUCUUCAUGCAACGACUUUUGCCAAUUGCUCUUCGGGAGCUUCUUCCGCCAGAAGUGUGGGAGCCUUUAACAGAGUUGAGUAUCAACUUCAGAGAAUUAACUGCCACAUCGCUGAAAAAAGCAGAUCUUGAGAGAUUGGAUCUUGAUAUCCCGAAGAUACUGUGCAAGUUGGAACAUAUUUUUCCGCCGAGUUUUUUUAAUUCGAUGGAACAUCUCCCCGUACACCUUCCGUACCUGAGAAAACUCAAAAAUAAGGUCUCGAAUAAAGGCAGAGUGGAAGGAAGCAUCAGCAGUGGAUAUCUAUUAGAGGAAACAGCAAAAUUUGCAUCUUUCUAUUUCACGGAUGGUGAUCCGAUGCUACCAUGUCGGAUUCAAAGAAAUGAAGUUUGCGAUAUGGACGUUGAUGACGACGUCGACAGAUUAUCUAUUUUCAAACCGAAUGGGCGACCUGUAGGUGCUUGUUGGAACAGAUAUCUAGAUGAUGCUGAAUAUGUUGCUGCCCGAAACUAUAUUCUUCUAAAUUGCCCUGAAAUCAAACCUUACAGAGAAGUUUUUGAAGGCGAGUUGUAUGAAAUCAACCCCGAAAUCACACCGACCGAAGUUUUAGUAAAGUUGGAUAGUGAAUUCGCCUUUUGGUUUGAGCAAUAUGUGAAAGACCCCACUGUCUGUAUCAAUCCUUAUAUUUUAAGUCUUGCAAAAGGACCGCUUAGAUCGGUCAAAACAUUCAAGGGGUACUGUGUUAACGGGUUUAAAUUCAAUACUGAAGAAUAUGGGGAGGAUCGGGUUACCAUGAACAACGGAGUCUGUGUAAAAAGAUCACUCUACGGUCCGGUUGAAAGCGACUUUUAUGGAGUUUUAAUUGACAUUAUCGAGUUAGAGUAUCCAGCUCUACCAAUUAAAAGGACGGUUUUGUUUAAAUGUAAUUGGUUUGAUCCUACAAAAAAGGUCGGUAUGUUAGUCCAUCCUCGGUAUAACAUAAUGGAUGUUAAUCACAGAAAGAGGUAUAACAAAUACGAACCUUUCAUUUUAGCUGAACAGUCCGAUCAAGUACAUUACUUACCCUACCCAAGCAAAAAACGGGACAAGAAAGAUUGGUGGGCAGUGUGCAAGAUAAAGGCUCGCUCUGAACUUGACAUGCCCGAAAGAACUGUCCCAACAUUUCAAGAUGAUAGUGCAGAACAUCCGCUCGAUGUCAGAACUAAUGAAGAUCCGACAAAUUUAGUUGAUGUGAAUGGCGAGGCCGACGAGGAUGCACUACACAACCCAACAACAUUAGAGACAGAAGCUGAUUAUCCACCAUCCUCAUCGGACGAUGAUGACAUUGGACUGGAAGAUAAUAUAGAUAUUGCGUUAUUUGUUUCAUUGUCAUUUCUGUAG